CCGACAUCCGUCGCCGGCCAUCCCUGGUUGCCAUGGCAACCAGGGCAGAUCCGUAGGGCGCUCCGACCCCAAACCACACCCUAACCCUUCCCAUCCCCAGCCGCCCACUCCAAUCCAGCCCUCCAGACACGAUCAACUAAAACCAGGUGAAAAUUCUCGAUCUCGUCCUUCCCUCUCAUCCUUAAGGCUGAAAAUCUCCCGAUCUUGUACUGGGUCCAUACUAUAGGGGUAGAACACUGCAUGGUUCGGUGUAUAUUCGCAAUUGCCAGGCAGAAUACACCAGAUCUGCCAUGUACUACGUUUGAGGUUAACUUAGGUGCCUAGUUUAGGCACUUAAGUAGUUGGGUAUGAAAUGGAUGAGUAGGAAUCCCUAAAAAAGGGCAGGAAGGACGAUUUUUUGAAUGAAGAGGGUGGGAAAAAAUAAUUGCCACUUGUGUGUAACGACAGUUGCCGCUUGUGUAUGAUGACAAUUGCCACCUAUUUUGACCUGUUGCUUGCCAUCCCUAUCUUCCAUGUGCAAGCAGCAGAAGAAUACAAUUCUUGUGGAUUAUUGAUGCCUUUUUGAUCAUCCAGUGAUUGAGAACAUGUCGGAAAAGAAUCGAGACGCGGAAAGGAUGAAUCGCGAAGGUGGCGCUGAUGCUUGGGGUUCUCAAAGGCCAGAAACACCGCCUUGGGAUGCAGCAGAGUAUAGUCAACUCAUCUCUGCACGGCCGUUGCUGCCACUACUAGAACAGUAUGCAGGCGUAGGUUCUUAUGACCAAAACACUCUCAGGGGGCCCCAUGGCAAGUUCAGUCACAAGGCGCUAACACUGACAUAUGUACGGGCAACCAACCUCAACUAGCUAGUAUGGCUAAUCAAGGGCCUUCAUGCAGCACGUGACAUCAGCCAGCACCCAUGUACCUGCCAUCGACGUCAUACACAGCGUAUUACGCUGGUGGUGACACGGCAAACGUCCCGUGGCAAGCUUCACAAAUUGCAGGUGGAGCACGACAUUUUGGUGUCACAGACCACACAAGAUGGCCAAAUGCAGCACAACAAGAACCUACAACUACAGUGAACAGCGGUGCGGGGACAUCUACUGCGGGGAGCUCUGAGCGCACGGAAGACGCGUUCCACCAGCCAGCAGACUGUCAUGCCGCAAACAAUUUCGAGUCAGAGUCGGGAAUGGCAAUCAUUCCAGCAAUGCCGACGAGCACCCCUUUGAACACAAGCACUAGCAACACUCGAGUAGAUGGAACUGCCGCCGAUACUGAAGCGAAUGAUGAAACUGACGACGACGCACAAGAGGAUGAAGAUGGUGGGCAAUCCGAGAUCGUGGUACCUCAGCCACCAUACAUUGGGCAGAGAUUUGGAUCGUUCGCAGAAGCAAAGGAAUACCACCAGCGACUCCCAGACGAAUCGAUCAGGGAGUACUGGACUAGAUUCCUGUCAGUUAAAGACAAGAUAUCAGAUUAUCUGGACUCUGAUAUAGUUUCCGCUUUCCAGCGCAGAUGCAAGGAUAAAGGCGUCUCAAAUGCCCUCGCUCGUUGCUUUGUUCAAAUGCUCCCAAAAUUAUCCGAACUAGUAUCGCGGUUCUGCACCAUUGAAGAUUCCUGGCUCACCGAGGAAAACACGGAUUCGAUCUGUGAGGAUUACCUCGGGCAUCUGAAUCAGCAGCUCGGCGUGGGUCUCGGAAAUGGAACACUCCGGGUGAACGACCUCGGAAGAAGAAAUCCUCCGGCCACCCUGGGACGACUUUGGACAGCUCUGUAG